CUGAAAACUUGGCUGGGGCUGGGCCGGGCUUAUGUCCUCUAGUCAACCCUGAACGCCUCUUCUACACGCACUGCGACGAGACGACGGGCACCCACCCUCCCUAUCGAUUUUUUCCCCCUCAUCGCAGACCCUUUCUUUCUUUCUACCCUCUAUACCACCUUGCAGCGGCGGCUUGCAAGACCCUCCAGUGCAACGAACGGCAAGUCUUGUUUUACAGUCAGUGCCGUGUCGUGACACCGGUCGGCGGGCGCAAAGACUAUAGUAACUAACGCGACUCCAUACUUAUGCCGGAGUACAGAUCCUACUACUCGCGCGUCAUGUCCAGCUCCUCGCUGCAGCAGCAGCGACGGCUGCUGCCUGCUCCGAUAGAGGGAGUAGGAGAGCAGAUGGUUGCGCCGCCGGGGGUGGGGGUGGGGGUGGGGGUGGUGGUGGCGGGUGCUACGGGAGACCGGGAAGGAGGAGGAGGAGCGGGGGGGCCGGCUACUACUACUCGUGAGAGUGUGCCGAGGAUCGCGGGAGACCGGGAGGGGGGACACCGAGAAAGAGCGGGGGCAACGGCUACGCCCAGUGACAGUGGGCAGAGCGUGGUCGCGGGGACGGUGGGAGAUGCGGCAGGCAUGCAGUCGCAGUUUCAGUCGCAGCUGCGGCCGGUAUUUCGGACGGCGGAGUCGAAUGAAGGAUCCACAAGACCGAGUACACCGCCGCAAGUGAUAUCGGACCGGAGCUCGUCGCCGGAAAAGCUUGUACGCGACAUCCCCGAAGAGCUGAAAGCGCUUGCGAACCGGCGAUUACAUAUGCCGGAAGACAAGAUCGGGAUAAAGCGAAAAUGCAAGUGGUCGAAGGAGGAACGACUGGUGCUGCUGGGGUUUCUGGGUGACUGGGAUAACUACCAUCAAUUGAGAAACUCGGCGAAAAGGGUGUGGAACGAUCUUGCGCUCGACACGGGACCCUUCUUCGGUACGCGGUCGGCGAAAGCGAUCAAGGCUCAGUGGGCCGAUUUGAAGAGGCGAUACGAGCAGGCGCGACGGCGGGUAGGCGAAGGCGCCAAAACUGAACGACAAUGGGUUUCCAUGGAGAACGGCUGGUUAAAUAAAAUGUGUCCAGACUACCGCUUGAUUGAUGAAAUCAUAACAAAAGACAAAUUGCUCGCUCCGUUCGUACCUGAAAUCGUACCCAGAAGACCCCCCCGCCCUCCCUUCAUAUCUGGAAACCUACAGAAUCGCAGAAGACCCCACGCCCCCUUCGCACCGGGAAUCCUACAGGAUGACAUGAUACCCCACGCUCCCUUCGUAUCUGAAAGCGGCGGCAGUGGCAUCCCCGGCCGCAACCUCAUCUACGGGGUGGAAGAGUUGCAUUCCAUCAGCUCUGGAAGCGAGAGCGACAGUGACGGCUUUUCUGAACUGGAAGCUGAUUAUCGCCCACCAGCUAGAGGGCCAAGAAAGAGGAAGGUAUCCCAACAGAACGGCCGCGGGAGGAAGGCUGCUAAGAGAAAGGCCACUUCGCUGGAGGCAGAGGCACUCGAGUCGCUGGCAAUGCAGCGGUUGGUACAGGAGCGGGAAAGGCUGGAGUAUAUCAAGGAGAGAGAUCGAGAGGACCGACGACUAGCCGCAGAGCGCGAGAGGAAUCAGCACGAACUGCGGUUGAUGCAGGAGCGAAGACUGGACCAGGAAUUCCAGCUGCGGUUGAGGGAAUUCCAGCUGCGCAUGAGGGAGUUCGAUAGGAAGAUCAGCCAAAUGGGAAAUGGCCCAGGCCCUGACUUGGGAGUGGUCGGUGAGGAGGAGGGGCACGGAGAUAUUUAAUUGUAGUGUACAUAGUAUAAUGCUCGUCGUGGCGGGCUGAGUGCCCGAGUGCAA